ACUUAUAAAAAAGUGUGUUGGGUAUGUAUUAUCGCUUCGGUCUAAGAGUCCAUAUGAAUAUAUAAUAAGUUUGAUCACGGUCUGACUGAGUAAGGAUAAACGAAUAUGCAAUGUGCAGUUAGAAUUGUCCUACAUAUUGAAUAAUUUGAAUGAACCAAAAAGGCAACUUUCAGAUUACGUGAUCUCAAAAAUUUAUUCAAAUCACGAACUCCCGAGAGAAAAAAUCGUCACAACCGUUUUAACGAACUGAUUGUUAGAUAAAAAUUGAAGGGGAAAUAUUUUUCUGAAAGAUGGACAGUCAUCCGAGCUUAGGAGUUGCAGAUUACUGUGUUUUUGGAGCGUCGGUGAUAAUUUCUUUGGGAAUCGGAAUCUUUUAUGCAUUUUCCGGUGGAAGACAGCGCACGGCUGACGAGUAUUUGGUCGGCAACCGUCAAAUGAAGAUGCUGCCUCUUACUCUGUCCCUGGUGGUGUCUUUCGAGUCCUCCAUCAUGAUGCUUGGGCUUCCCGCGGAGACAUAUGUCUAUGGACUUCAGUACAUAUGGUACAACGUGGGAGUUAUGGCCGGUGUUUUUAUUGGCGUUUUAAUUGUGGUGCCUUUGAUUUAUCCCUUAAAGCUAACCAGCGUGUAUGAGUAUAUGGAGCUGCGUUUUCAAUCAAAAUGGGUUCGAAUAUUCGCGAUGAUACAAGGGACCCUGUAUUACAUAUUUUAUAUGGGCAUUGUGCUGUUUGGUCCCGCUACUGCUUUGGAGUCAGUCACAGACUUACCAUAUUGGGCUUCCGUCCUAGCAGUCGCCUUGGCAGCCAUGUUGUACACAUCCAUUGGCGGAAUAAAGGCGGUGAUUUGGACGGACGUCUUCCAGACCGUGGUAAUGAUGACGGGGAUAGCGGCCAUUUUAAUUCAGGGAACCAUCUCUGCUGGAGGUGUAGGAAAUGUGUUCAAUAUCAACAAAGCUACAAAAAGAUUAGAUAUAAUAGACUUUAACCCCAAUCCAUUUGUCCGGCACACGUUCUGGACAUUGUUUAUUGGGAAUUCGAUUAAAAAGAUUAGUCUUUGCUUCAAUCCAUCCUCUAUACAGCGGAUAUCCUCAACACCCACGAAGAGCAGUGCCAGAAAGAUACUUCUGAUAGCCGCUCCAGUGUUUUGCAUCACCCUCUCUCUGCCAUUAUUUGAAGGACUUGUUGCUUAUGCAUACUAUUAUACGAAACGCUGCGACCCCCUCACUUCUGGCCAAAUCAAAAACCCCAACCAGAUCAUUCCUUAUAUGGUUCUUGAGAUCUUUGAAAAUCUCCCCGGAAUGCCCGGAUUGUUCAUGGCUUCUUUAUUCAGCGCCUCAUUAAGUACCCUGUCCUCCGGUUUAAGUAGUUUAGCAGCAAUGACCGCUGAGGACAUUGUCAAGCAGAUCUUUCCUUCCAUCCCUGACUACCGAGUUACUAUCUUGUCCAAGCUCUCGGUUUUUCUCAACGGUUCACUUGCUAUUACCGUCUCAUUUAUGAUAGCAGAAAUUAAAGGACCCGUAUCUCAGAUUUCCAAUACAAUUCUUGGCUGUUUUAAUGGUAGUUUGUCCGGAAUGUUUUUGUUUGCAGUAUUUGUUCCGUGGUCCACGACGAAGUCUACAUUAUGCGGAGGAAUAGCAAGCAUUGUAGUUACAUUUUGGAUUUCAAUGGGGAAAAAUUUCUCGAAAACACUUCGGCGGGAACCGUGGCUGGAAAUGCCACCUAAUGAUAAUUGUGUUCACAUGGUUGGAAACAGCUCGGUCCCGUUCAAUAUGUUCAACAAUUCAACGUCUACUCAGUCCUUUCUUUCAAACGUAUCCAGCGUGGCCGCCAUUCCUACGGAAGACUAUAUACCAGAAGGACUAGACAAAAUAUACGCCAUCUCCUACAUGUGGCUUGCGGCCAUAGCAAUUGUUAUUUGCCUUGCUGUUGGUCUAUUAAGUGCUUUGAUUCUAGAUAAUUCGAAUGAUCACAAACCGGAUGUGCGAUUUAUGUUACCAUUUUUUGACGUUUUCAUGUCAUUCUUACCAAAGUCUUUGCGACAAAAACUCUACGCUGGACUACCGUUUGACAAGCGGGAGGAACUGCUGAAAGAUUAUACACAACAACAUUUCGUAUUUACGAAUAUGGAGAAAAACAUCGAUACAAACGACAAAGACUGUCUCUCACCCCUGACCAAUAAUGCGGAUGUGAUGUCAGAUGUUGAUGAAACAAAUGAAGAAGUGCAAUUGGAACACUUUCUGCAGAAGAAGGCAUAGAACUAUCAAAUUGACAUGCCUGGGUUUUUCAUGUUAAAGGGACUGAUUCACGAUUUUCCCCAAAAUUAUCUGUUUUACUUUUAAUGAUCAAAAUCUAUUGUCUAAUGUGUUUAAAAGAUUUAACAUAAAAAUGAUGGUUAUAAAUUAUCAAAGAAGCUCAUUCUAAAGAGUUUAUUACUUGUUUUGUAAACAAAGAUUG